AUGCCACGCCGACGCCGCCCUCCACGACCCGGCGCACUUGCGGAUCUGUCCCCAACCCGCAUCCUCACGCAGAUUGUACUCCUACAGGCUGCCUACUAUGCAUGCGCCGGCGUCCUCAUCCUCUUCACCGCGCUGGUAGCGGGCAAGGAGGUCAGCACCGAUCUCCUAUUCAGUUGGCAAAGUCUACGCGGCGAUACCACAAUCGGAUGGACGCUGGGUCUGGUCUGGGUGCUGAAUAGUCUCACUUGUGCCAUCUUCAUACUUCUCCUUAUCGCGCGCUCAAAACUCGUUCUCGACUUCGCCCUGACUGUCCACUUUAUCCACCUGAUCGUCACCUCCCUAUAUACGCACGCGAUACCCACCCACAUGUUCUGGUGGGCCCUCCAGAUAUGCAGCGCGACCAUCAUGACUUCGCUGGGCGUGUGGGCAUGCCAGUGGCGCGAACUGAAGCCAAUCAAUUUCGGUAGCAAGCCGCCUGCGCGAUCACAACCAGCUACAGAGGACGAAGGUGGAGAAUCUAGAGGGCGAGGGAGGGGCAGAGGGAGAGACGGUGCUGGUGAAUACGAGAUGGUGGGCAUGAAUGAGGGGGAUAAUAACGUUUGA